AUGCAGAUCGCAGAUAGGUUCUCGACAAUGCCCGGUGACGUCUUCUUUGGGCUGAAGGCACUGACCGUGCUGGUGCUCUCUGGUAUGGGCCUAGCCGGGUCAAUCACAGAGUCUAUUGAGGACCUGAGUGAGCUCCGGGUGCUGCGUUUGGACAACAACCAGUUCACCAGCGUGAUACUGGCGAGUUUCCAACGGUUGGAGAGGGCGAGCGAGCUCUGCGUCGAUGGCAAUUGGCUAGUGGGGCCGAUAUCGUUCGACAAGGAGAUGAUAUGGAGACUGGGCAAGAAGUUGCGCGUCGGCAGCAACGACAGGCUCUGCUAUGACACCAAACAAGAAGGCCUCGAGGGUGUCGUUGCACUUGCCGACGUCGCAGACUGCGAUAGUGUGAGAAGGAGCAAGAGGCACGAUGAGUGGGAGCAAGUGGGCCCAGGUGGGAUUGGGACUCUAGCUGGUUCCCUAUAUCUAGUUAGGAUGGAGAGGGUAUUGGGAGCCUCUAAAUAUUGA